UCACGAGACGCAGAACAAGCGGAUAGAACAGAAAAGAAAAAAAAAACAAGAAAAGCAAGAAAAACACGGCAGAGAUUUUGCGAUGGUUCACAAAACGGAGCGGUUUAAAGUAAUUUCUCUCAUCAGAUGCUGGAUUUCACUCAUGACAUUCACAGCGGUGUCAUGGUGUGAGGCCGUGCAGGUCUCAGUUCGUGAUGAGCGCCGCUUUGCGAUGCUUUUCCAGUCAGUGGUUCUGCCAUGUCAUUACACCAGCAUCUCUUCUCAGACUCCAGUCAUCCAGUGGUGGUAUAAGUCAUACUGCCGUGAUCGCAGCCGCGAUGCCUUCCGCUUCCCUGACACGCUGGCUGUCCACGGCUCUGAGCUCGGCUCUUCUGUUCACCUGGACUGUGGGGACAGCGGGCGGACAGUGCGCAUUGUGGCAUCUGGACAGGGAUCGUCCAUCACCCUCGCUGAAUAUUACAAGGGCCGUGACAUUUCCCUCAUCAACAAGGCUGACCUGCGCAUAGGUGAGCUGCAGUGGGGUGACAGUGGUGUUUACUACUGUAAGGUGGUGAUUUCUGAUGAUCUGGAGGGACAGAAUGAAGCACAUGUGGAGCUUCUUGUGUUGGGUCAGACAGGUUUUGCCGAUGAUCUUCUGCCUGGAAUUAAUGUGCAGAUUGUUCCAGAGUGGGUGUUUGUGGGCACCGUGGUCAUGGGCAGUAUCCUUGUCAUUCUGCUGGUGGGUGUUUGCUGGUGUCAGUGUUGCCCUCAUUCAUGCUGCUGUUACGUGAGAUGCUGCUGCUGCCCAGAUACCUGCUGCUGUCCUCGACACCUAUAUGAAGCAGGAAAGGGAAUCAAGUCAACACCUCACACACCAGUGCCUAUGUUCCCCUCAUACUACAUACCUGGGAUGCCCACCAUGGUGCCUAUUGCUCCGCCUUCCCUCAUUGACCCAAACCUGUCCACUGCACCAUCACUGGAAAACAAUGGCUCAGUGUGGAGUGGUUUCCAUCUGCAGCCUGUGUCAGAUGAGAGUUCUCUGAAAGUGCUGCAGUACGUGGAGAAGCAGCUCGCUCAGUUCAACCCAUCACAGACUCUUAGCAGCAGCCGAAACUCCUGCAGUAAGUCUGAGCUGAGUUCCUUACAUGAUGCAGAAACAAAUUUCCAUCAAACCUAUCGACAAGUCCAGAAAAAGGCUUUGCCUGCCAUUCCUGAUCUUGAUGACCUCCAGACUACAGAUUUAUCUCCCAUUCAUGAGCCAGGAUGCACUCAACAACCCCAGCAUAGAAAUCAUGUAGCAGAUGAAAACCCCAGGUGGAACCCUCGCUCAGAGCACUUGCAGAGGAAGGCUUUCCUGGAACGUGGACGGACAGGAUCUUUGGAUGAGCUUGAGGAGUUUACUAUGGCAUUUAUGCAACAAGGACAUCACAAUGAUCUUGGAAACAGGGAGGGUGACUAUAGAGCAAACAAACUGGAAAAGGAGCGUAAGAGGGAGAGAAACCGGGAGCUGGAACGGGAUCGUUACCCAUUUCAUUGUUCAAAGCAUAACUCUCCGAAGGCCAGUCCAGUGAGAUGUCCACCCGGCCCUCCGCUCUUACCUGGAAAAAGACGGGACCCAUGUGACAAUGGUCAACCCCAAAGGAAUACACGAAAGUGGGAUAAGAGCAGAAGAGUUUUCAGUGGUAGAGGGAGCAUGCAGGACUACAGUGAUGCCCUUCUCAACAGCUCAUUAGAACGUAAAGCUAAAGCAGUCAAAAGCUGUUCUUCAAAAGUAGGACAGGCUGAAGAGGACUUAGACACACCUUCCAAAAAUAGCUCCAAAAAGAGUAUUGAAGGUUUCCACAGCAGGUCUCCAUGCAACCAGUCACCUCUUGACUGGAUGGCAGAGGAUAAUGAAGCAUUACCAUCCCACACAGAGAAGGAACAGGAGUGUUCCCGUGGAGCAGAGUCUCGACAACAACCUUUCAGCUACAUAGGCUCUGGUCACGGCUCUAUGCCAAGUGGGCAAGAGGAGCAGAACCGCCCUCGUAAAGUGACAUUUUGUGAUGAACAAAGUGUGCAGUUUGAUUCCGACCUAGGUCUUUCAAUCACGGUUCAAUUUGUACCUCGAUUUGACGACAGAAAAUAAGCUGUAUACAGGUAAAAAAAAAUGUCAAAUUAAACACAUCUCUGCAUGCUUCUUAAUUCCUCCCCAAAAUGUAUUUGGAGCACAGCUUAAACUGUAUAUAAACUCCUAACCCAACUAAUGUUACAGUGGUUCAAGAAAGCACUAGUUUGAAGCUAUAAAACCUCUAUGUUAGAAAUGUUAUGAGUAUGAAGCUAAAGUGCUCCAUUUAUGUGUAUAAAUACCAAAGACUAUAUAACACCCAAGAUGUGUCACUCGUAUAGUUUUGAAUGGGGAAAAAUGUAACACUCUAUAAACCCUUUUUCUGUUAGUAAACAUUGUGACAUUUUUCUGUUGGCAGAGCUAAGGUGGUGGCAGAAAAAGCCCCCUGAUCACACUAACACUAGCUAUGAAUAACAGGAGAAAUUCAGAUUUUAUCUGCAUACUGUAUGUAAGGCCACUUACUGUCCAGGACUGCAAUUGUUAUUUGAAAAGGUUAACUAUAAUGAACGAAACCAGAUUGGCCGACCCACACACGCUUUUACUCAAAGGAUAGACAAUCUGACAGGAUUUCCUUCGGUUGACUGACUCACAUCUAAAGAGUAUUGCAAAGACAAACUCACAGAGUCUAUCUAGUCAUGAAAAUGUAUAUAUUUAAAUUUCAGCAGGCAACUAUUUUUACAGCUACUUUAUUAUUCCAGCCACAAUUGCUCACAAUGUAUAUACCACAGCUGUUGGUUUGUUUGUUUGUUGGGUUUUUUUGUUGAUGUUUUUUGGUCUUUUAGUGGCAGCAGCAUUCAAAUUUCAAUAUUUAAAAAUUCUGACUUUUUCUCGCAAUUCCGAGAUUAUAUCUCACAAUUCUGAUAUGAAAAAUCAACUAGUCAUUAUCUCUGAUAAUGCCUAUAUCCCACACUUCUGAGCAAAUAUUUGAUAUUUGAGCAAAAGUAACAAUUAUGACACAGUUGUUAUCAGAUUUCUUUGAUUUCAAAUAAUACAUUUAAUAAAGUUUAGUGAACAGUUUUGUAUAAUUUUUUUUCUCCAUUAAAUGAGAUAGGAGUUGCUUUUGCACGCCCGAGAGGCGAUUCACAGAUGGCCGCCGAGUGACAUGACUUGUCUUAAAAGGACUUUGAUCAAUACAGAUGGAAAACUUAUUCAGUAUAGCUUGGAGAAUAGAGUAGCUUUUCAAGUUUUGACUUUAUUUCAUUUUAUUUUUUGUUUGUAGCAUACAUGUCUGGUCCUAAUAAUUCCAAAAUAAUCACUGACAGCGCUUCACCUGCCACUCUCACUGCUACACAAGAUUAAUCUACUCAAACAAAGCUGGCUUGGCUUGCUCAUUCUGCUCACUCUUCUUUCCUUUCUUUGAACAGAGCACUCUUCUGAGCAGAGACUCGCUUGUAGUUUGAUGUCUCAGAAACAUAAUGGGGAAGUCACCACGCUUGCAAAAACUCCACCGCCAACACACACUGAUCCAGUGGAGCACUAGCGCUCUGGAAGGCAGGUUUGUGAGGUCUGGACAUGAGUGUUGAAAUAUAACCUACCCCUUUGGCUCAUAGUUUUGACAUUGAGCUUGGAUAAAAUAUAGAGUAUUCAUUCAUGAGGCUCACUGGACAAGAGACUUUUCCUGACAGUUUAAUGGAUUUGUAUUUGAUGAAAACAUUUGCCACACAGUGGAAUGAUGAAGUUUACAUGGAGCAUUAUUGGAUGUUAUAUAUAGCAUAACUACUAGCAUGGUUGCCCUAUCAACACCAGCUUUACUUCCCAGACAGCAAGCAGUUUCGGCCUAGAUCUGGCCCACAUUUGGCCCGCAUGGAUUUCAUGCAGGCCAGAUGUGGGCCGGUUCUGGGCCGAAACUGCUUGCUGUAUUUUCAUCUAUAUGCAUAUAAUUUUAAAGUGCUUCAUAUGAAUGGAUUUUUAAAUUUGCUAAAUUGUUACAUUCUGACAACCUAUAUGAAUAAACAUUCAUAAAAAAACAAGACACUUGCUAACUGCUGUGCUAGCUAACUGUGCUUUUGCACAUGUUUGCACAUAAUAUGAAUAUUAUUGCAGAUCUUGUUACACACUCAUGCUUUUAUUAGUAUGUAAGAUACAGACAAUUUAUUUUUCAAAGUAACAAAUUAUAAUAUUGUGUGUCUUGGGAUGACACUGGUUUCCAUAUGCAAAGCUGAGCAAAGACUUAAAGAUAAAAAAAGAACAAGAUUACAGGGAGUCGGUUCCAGUGGUUUGUUAUUAAUUAUCAACCAAUCUCAUCAUAUUAGAUAAACAAGAAAAGAUUUUCAUUGAAUUACUGUUGGUUGUGAGUUCAUUGAAGCACACAUCUGGAUCAUGUAGUUGAAGAUUUCUGACAAAAAAAAGUACAAUGUGGAGCUGUCUCCAUUGAAACACUUCAGUAUUAGUACUGAAUACCAGCCUCACAUAUAAUCAUUUAUCUUGUAAAGGCUCAGUCAUUGUUAUCCGUGGUACCUUAAGUUAGUGUUAAUAGUAACAGUGUGACGUAUAUGUACUGGAGACAAGUGGACACUGCACACGCCAGCGGUGACAUCAUGGGACGAUGUGCUCAUCAUUCUGGUGUUGGUUCUGUUGGCGAUCAGGCUCUCAGACCGACAUCGCUGUGUCAGAUGUCAGUCUUCACCUGCAGUGCUUUAACUAGUUACAAGUCUUUUUUUAUCUUUAAAUUGAUGUUUAUAUAUGGUAGCUGUAUCAAGCAAAGUGCUUUUGUCCAAAUGCUUAAGGAAGUUAUCGAUAUAAUUAAAAUUUUGCCAUGAGGACUAAAAUUCAUGGUAAUACAACUGUUUACAUUUUUCACAUUUACUGCCUUAUGGAAUAUGUACAGUGCCCUCCCUAAGUAUUGGAACAGUAAAGACAAAAUAGCUUUCUCUGGUGUGCAGUUAAAACAUUUGCAAAUAUGAUUAAAAGAUGAAUAUGCUACAAAACUACAGAUUGUCACAUUUUAUUAUAAAGUCUUACGACACACGUUUUACCAAAUUAAAAGGACAGCACUUUUAGAGUUCAUCCCACUAUUUGAUGUGAGCAUAAGUAUUGGAACAGCUGAAUUCAAGGCAUAUGUAAAUGAUUAAAAGCUAAUAUUUUGUUCCAGAUCCCUCACAUGCAAUCAGAGCAGUGAGUCUGCAACCCAUAGACAUCACCAGACUCAUGGUCUUAUGCUUUUCUCCAGCCUUUAAUGCAGCCAAUUCCAACUGUUAAUUGUUUGGGGGAGUUUCUGUCUUUAGUCUGAACUGAAAACUGAACUGGCAGGGUGUUUUGGGUCAUUGUCCUGAUUUAGGGCUGUGCGAUAUGGACAUAAAAAAAACCUAUCACGAUUUUUUGAUAAAUUUUGCGUUUUCGAUUUUAAUCACGAUUUUGACACACAGAGAUAUGCUUUACAGUUAUAAAUGCCUUCAGUAUAAAUUUGAAACAUAUUUCCAAAAGAAAACCAGUGAGAGCUUUAUCAAAAAGUUGUAACAUGUCUCUAGAACAGACUUGAGGCAAAACAAUGACUAAGUAAAGAUGUCAAACAAAAUCUAGACAUAUGGAAAAAAAUGAUAAUAAAAAAAAUUAAAUAAAACCCGUGUUCAGCUCACUGUAUGAUGCGCAUGCUUAGAUCAUUGACUGUUUAAGGCUCAGAUACACGUUGCAUUACAACGUGUCUCCUCUCGCUCAACCUGUGUCCUGUGCACUCACAACUCUCUCUGUGCUCAUGCGCAAGAUAUUAAAUCUUUUCGCACAUUUCUAUUUAUAACCUUUUCUGUUCUCAUCUUUUUACUGCGUGCAGUGUGAACGUUCUGAUCCGUUAACAUGGGCUCGAAAAAAAGGCUAGGCAUCACAGACAGAGUGUGUGAACCUGGAGUUAGGCAUAUGCCCAAUCUGCUCUGUUCUCGCGCUCCACUUAGGUGCGCUGCAUCUUGAUUGGUUCAGAUAACAUACUGUGGGAGGUCGGGGCUGCGGAAAGUUGUGCUAUAAAUCGAUUUAGAAAUCGUGCAUACUUUCUAAUGUGCUUUCUAAUGAAUUUGGUGGCAUUCUCUUGAAUAUUGGUAGCCAAGAUGAUUUUGUACCCUUCCAAAUUCAUUCUACUACAGCCUUUACUCAUACAUUAAGUCAUCAUUAAAAUUAAGAGGUCCUGUUCAAGAUACAUGCAUGCCCAUGCCAUGACACCACCUCCAACAAGCUUUAUAGAUGUGGUUGUAUGCUUAGGAUCAUUUGCAGUUGCUUGCUUUUUUCUCCACACUUUUGCUUUCCAAUCACUUAGAUAAAGGUUAAUCUUUGUCUCAUCAGUCCAUCAACUCAGUUCCAAAACUCUACUGGCUCACAUUUGUGAAGAAUCUUGCCUUUCUAUUUGUGGUGCCACAGCAUCUCGCUGUGUAGCUUCUGUAAUUUUGUGUCAAAAUCUCCUGUGGACAGUAGAUUGACAGAGCAUCACCCAAUCUUUCUGGAGGUUGUUGGUGAUUUUACAGACUUGUAUUUUAGGGUUAAUUUUUACAGCUUUUAUGAAAUGUCUGUCAUCAACUACUGUUGUUUUUCUCAGCCGAUCAGGUCGUCGUUGGUUGCUGAUGUCGCCGGGAGUUUCCAAACUCUUGAUUUCUCCAUGCCCUUUGUUUUUAUUUUAUAUUUUUCUUUCAGAGUCGGCUUCCUCUUCUUCAUCAUGGUUUGUGUGUGUCAUCGUCAAAUGCAAGACUUAGAAUGCAGAAGCUAUGGAUUUAAGUGAUAAGACAGAUUCCCUGCUUUUAAUAUCUGAAUAAUUCAUGCAAAAGGACAAAGCUGAACACUUAGAAAGACCCGUGAGGCAACUGUUCCAAUACUUAUGCUCACAUCAGAUAGGGAGAAGAAACCCUAAAAGUGCUGAUCUUCUUAGCUGGUAAAAUAUCUUUGUGUUUAUUCAACCAAUAAUAAAUUGUGACAUUCUGGAGUUUUGUCGUAUAUUCAUCUUUUAAUCAUAUUUACAGAUUUCUUGACUCAACAGCAAACAGAGCAAUUUUGUCUUUACUGUUCCAAUACUUAUGAAGGGCACUGUAUAUUAGCUGUAUGCAGAUUCAUCCAUGUUAACUACAUCAAAUUAAUUUCAAUAAAAAAUCUUGACAUUCAAA